AGAAAAAAUAAUCUCUAGGUAAACAGAUGAAAAGAAGACACGCGAUGGAAAGCGUAAAUAUUUACAUUUCUUGAGUGUUUAUGAGAAUAAUUUUUAUUUAUAAUCAUGAUAGACGGAAACAUUUCUAUGGAGGAAGACACAGAAUUACGGGAUUUAGUGGUGCAAACCCUUGAAAAUAAUGGUGUUCUUGCAAAAGUGCGGGCAGAACUCAGGGCAAGUGUGUUCUUAGCUCUAGAAGAACAAGAAUCCGUAAUGAAUCCAGAACCACUUCUCAAUAAAACCGUUAAACAGUACCUGGCUAAUUCAGAAGGAAAAUUAUUGUUUUCCUUGGUUAGGGAGUUCCUAGAAUAUUUUGGUCUUGAUUAUACAAUAUCUGUAUAUGAUCCAGAAACAUACUUUGGAAAAGAAUAUAAUUAUAUUGGAAGAAAUAAAUUAUGCGAAGAAUUAGGUAUUGAAUCCAAUGAGCCAUUGCUUGGAGAAAUUUUAAAAAAUAGCAUGCAUAGUGCCUUCAAAAAUACGCAAAAGAAUGAUAUUGACAAAAAAUUUAGUAAAAAUGAUAUAACUGAAACAAAUAUUACUAACACAACAUUUGAAAUUUCCAUUCCAAAAGUAUUAAACAAUGAAUCUACAUCAUUGUCAAAUGAUAAUGAUGUAUCGGAUAAUUUAGAAAGUGUUUCACAACAAAGUCCAAAACUUCCAAUAAAUGUGACAAUAACUGAAAAAAAAAAUAAAGAAACAUCUGUUCAUGUUUCAUUAGAUGAAUUAAAUUAUGAGAAGCAAGAUUCUCUCAAAAAUAGUACAACUUCUGAAUAUAAUGAAGAAAACAAUGGAAUUGAUAGCAAAGGGAACAAUAGUAUGAAUUUUGAUACUCCACUCCCUACAAGUCCAAAUGGCACAAUGAUGAAUCAUACUACAAAGGAGACUGAGAUAGAUACACUCAUUCAAACAAGUUUACUAAAUAAAACCGAGCCUUUAAUUAAGUUUGAUGAAUCUAUAAUUACUGAAAUGCAAACAAAUCAAAAUGAAGAUAUAAAUAAGCAAAAUAAUAUAAAUAGUUUGGAAUUACAAAUAGUAAAUAAUGUACAAAACAAAAAACCAGUUAAUACUGGAAACAGUUUUGGAAAAACUGUAUACUUUGAAGAAAUUAUUGUUGAUGGAAAAAGAGAGAAUAUUAAUGAUAUACAUAAUAAUGACACCUUUUUACAAGAUUUACCACCCUUAGAUAAAAAAUCACAUUCUAUACUUAGCAAUCUUCCACCAUUAAAUGGUAAAAAAACUAAUAUUAAUGAUUUGAAAGAAUUAAUGGAUAUUGGACUUGGAACUGAUGGGAUAGAUAAUUAUGAAGAAGAUUUUGUCUCAUCUGCAUCUGGUAGUACAUAUGAUCAAAGUCCUUCUAAGGAUCCUCAAAAAUCAAAUAGUCCAAAACUACAAACAAAAAAACAAGAUAAAAUUCAUAGUGCUCAUAGUGCUCAUAGUGAGGAUAUAAGUGAAGAAAUUGAAGAUGUGGAUGAUAUAUUAAGCAGUACAUCAUGUCUUGAAGAUCUAAACAUAGACAAAAACAUGUCAAAUUUUGCAACGGGUAUUACAACAAAUUGUGCAAAGGAACUAUAAUGCACUACAUCUACUAAAGAAUUAUUGUAAGAACUU